AUGACAUCCAUGGAGAACAGAUCUGAAGUGAAUGAGUUCAUCCUUACAGGAUUAACAGAUGACCCAGAGCUUCAGGUUCUGCUCUUCAUAAUGUUCACCCUCAUCUACAUCAUCACCCUGGUAGGGAACCUGGGGAUAAUAGUUCUGAUCUCCUUGGAUUCCUGCCUUCACACUCCCAUGUACUUUUUCCUCAGGAACCUCUCUUUGGUGGAUUUUGGCUACUCCUCAACUAUUACUCCCAAGGUGAUGGCUGGACUCCUUAGAGGGGACAAGGUUAUCUCCUAUAAUGGAUGUGCUACCCAGUUGUUCUUCAUUGGGGCCUUUGCUGUUACUGAAAGUUAUCUCUUAGCCUCCAUGGCCUAUGAUCGCCAUGCAGCUAUCUGCAAACCUCUACAUUACACCACCACCAUGACAUCAACUGUUUGUGCACAUCUGGCCAGUGGUGCUUACAUAUGUGGCUUUCUGUCCUCCUCCAUAGUUACAGGCAACACUUUUAGCCUUUCCUUUUGUAGGUCCAACAUAGUGCAUCACUUUUUCUGUGAUAUUUCCCCUCUCCUAGUUCUCUCUUGCUCUGAUAUUCACAUCACUGAGUCAGAAUUUAUCUUAGUGUCACUCGAUGCUUUUUUCCCAUUUCUUGUCAUCUUUACUUCUUAUUUGUUAAUCUUCAUCACUAUCCUGAAGAUCCAUUCUGCUGAAGGCCGCCAGAAAGCCUUCUCCACUUGUGCUUCCCAUUUUACAACAGUUUCCAUAUUUUAUGGCACAAUCAUCUUCACGUACUUCCAGCCCAGCUCAAGCCAUUGCAUGGACACAGACAAAAUAGUGUCAGUGUUCUACACCAUGAUCAUCCCCAUGUUGAACCCUCUGGUCUAUAGUCUUAGGAACAAAGAUGUCAAGAAUGCAUUUAGGAAAGCUGUGAGAGGACAACAAUUUCAACUGGAUCAUCUUUUUUCUAAGAGAGGAAAUCCAAUCU